GAAGGCAAAGAUUCCAAAGCUCAGAAAACCGAGGAUUACAAAAAGGGUUGGUGUUGUAAGUACAGAAAAGAUGUCAUUAAGCUCUAAUUGGUUGUAUGAUGCAGUAUCUGCAAAAACCGAAAUCACUCAACGAAUAACAAGUGGUAUGUGUGGAUUUUUGGAUGACAUGCCAAUGACCAUUCAAAAAGGCACUGCAUCAGUCAAUGGCAGAAAUUUAGCAUCAUUGUUUGAAGAUCAUGUGAAAGAAAAACUGAAGACUGUAUUGGAAAUCUCAGAUGGAUGUACAAGUUAUUACAGCCCUCACUGGCGUCACAUCAGAUGGGUAAAAGAAAUCGCUUUGAAUUUGCAGAUGGAAAUGAGAAAAAGCAUAGCAGGCCAUUGUGAGCGACAAAACUUCUUCGGCAAUAUUGUAACUAUCAAAAUCAUUAUGCUGUUAAUUCAGAAAUUAUUGUGAUGUUUUUAUUAUUGCCAAAAAUGCGACAGGGUUAUAAACGCAAUAAUUUAAACUGAUUUUUUUUUU